AUGGAACCGAAACGACAGCGGACAGCGUACACUAGGCACCAAAUAUUAGAAUUGGAAAAGGAGUUUCACUACAACCGCUACCUAACGAGGAGAAGAAGAAUAGAGAUAGCGCACACUCUAGUCCUAUCCGAGCGUCAAAUAAAAAUCUGGUUCCAGAACCGGCGGAUGAAGUGGAAGAAGGACAACAAGCUGCCCAAUACCAAAAACGUGAGAAGAAAAACGAACCCAGCCGGCGUCACCACGACCACGUCGAAAGCCACACCAAAGAGUAGAUCGAAUAAGAACACAAACAAUAAUGAUAAGAAGAAAUCCAAUAACAACGGACGGCCCGACAGUAUAGAGAACGUGACAGAUAAUAUCAUGAAUGAUUUCGGUCAGAAUAUGGCGCACGAUCCGGUUAUUAGUCCGAUGUCGCAUCCGGGCAGCUUGAAUCAUGGGCAUUCGAUGACCCCCCAUCACUUGCAUAUGAUGAGCAUGCAUGGGGCCCUGGACCCAGGUAUGGUAGCCAACCUCUCGGCACACAGUUCCCCAGUUAGCAAUGGGUGCGGUACCACCAUUUCCAAUACCCCGCCCGUCAUCAAAUCGGACUAUGGUCUCACCGCCUUAUAA